AUGGGUGAUUCUGGGUAUUUCAAUGCCCGGACCGACCCACCUGAUGCCCAGGCCUAUAUCAAAGGCACAAAAUACACUCCGAUGUUUUCGACCCCUCAUCUCGUGCAAAAAGUACCAAUAAUGUCCUUGAAGGUCGUGCAAACUAGACCAAAUUCGGAAAAUAGCAAGCGAGAAAUAUCCAUGUCGUCUUGCCUUGCUCCUACUUGCAAGCAAAAUAACCCAGGAGCAAAUCUUGUUUCUGAUCUGUUAACUACAAACAAUUAUGAAACCUGGUCACGCUCGAUGCAGCGUGCUCUUAGAGCCAAGAACAAGCUUGGCUUCAUCAAUGGAAAAAUUUCCAAACCUCUCAAUCCGACAGAUGAUCUGUUUGAAGCUUGGGCAAGUCCAGAACUUCGGUCUAGUGUUGCCUUCAUGGAUGAUGCCUCUGGGAUUUGGAAUGAAUUGGCUGAACGCUUUUCUCUGCAGAAUGCUCCACGUAUUUACCAACUCAAAAGAGCACUGGUCAAUUUGUCUCAAGAGGGAGAUUUUAUUGUCAUUGUGGAAAGAAAGCUUAAGGUAUUGGUUGAUAGAUAUCAUAGAGACUGCACUUUUCAAUUUUUGAUGGGCCUAAAUGAUGUUUAUGAACAUACCCGAGACCAAAUCAUGCUUAUUGAGCCACUUUCCCAUGUCGAUAAAGUCUUUUCGUAUGUUCAACAGAAGGAAAGGCAACGACAAACUACCUCCACUCUUGCUGGUUCUGACUCUGUUGCCUUUUACACCAGAAACACCAAUCCCAAUUUUAAACCUCAAAACCCACAAAAUACUGAUCCCAAUAAGGAAAGGCCAUACUGCAAAUUCUGUAAAAUCCCUGGUCAUCAUUUUGAAAAGUGUUUUAAAGCUAGUAAUGCAGAGGCACCAAUUUGCAGCCAUUGCAAUAUGACAGGACACAUGGUAGACAGAUGUUAUAAGUUACAUGGCUACCCAGCGAGUCAUAAAAUGCACAACAAGUCUAAGGGAACUGGAAAAUUUGCUAAUCAUGUUUCUGUUCAGAGCAUGGACAUUAAUGGGGAGGAUAAUUGUGAUAGCGUUUCUUUGACCAAAGAUCAAUAG